UAACGAUAUCGUACGCCCGCGUAUAGUGCGCUCCAGUACAUAAUAAUAAGAUAUUUGAAGUUUUAAAUAUGAUCAGAAAUCCUUUAUAUGUGUACGGUCCAGAGAUUAUAAAUGUGCCAACGAAUUUGAACUUCGGACAGUUCAUAACACAAAAACUCUGGGAACAAGGAGACACACCGGCGUUGAUCAAUGGAAUCGACGAAGAAGUAUAUACUUACAGACAACUUGCUCAAGAGACAUUAAACCUUGCUGUCUCGCUCGCACUUAAAGGUUUGAGAAAGGGACAAACGGUGGCACUAUGUUCGGAAAACAGAAAGGAAUUCUGGGCUACCCUCUUUGGUGCAGCUUGCUGUGGAGCUACCGUUACAACUGUCAACCCUAUGUACACCGCAAGUGAAUUGAAGCACGUAUUCGGCAUAUCAAAACCGAAAUACGUAUUUUGUUCUCCGUUCUUCUUCAAGAAACACGUGAGAACUCUCAAGGAAUCUUCUUAUAUUAAGGAGAUAAUAGUUUUUGGAGAUAACAGGCCUGGCAAACUUCUUCUCUAUAAAGAUCUGGCGUUUCCUACAGACAGUAGUGAAACUGAUCUAGUUGUGAGGAAACGUUUAACAAGGAAUGUGAGGAUAGAGGAAUUUCAAGCUGUGGAUAUUGUUGGACAAGUUGAUGUGCUUUUUAUAUUAUACUCAUCAGGGACCACUGGUCUACCGAAGGGAGUUAUGUUGACUCAUCAUAAUGUACUCACUUUUUGUCAUGUGAAUAAGUUUGGAAAAUCAGACUUGUUAGCUCUCAGUUUAACACCGUGGUUCCACGCUAUGGGGCUUAUAGGACUUAUAUCAGCAUUCACUGUAGGUAAAACUAUGGUGUUUCUACCGCGGUUUGAGGUCGAUUUGUUUUUAAAGACUGUGGAAAAAUAUAAGAUUGUUCGGCUGAGUGUGGUGCCCCCUAUUUUAACAGCGGCAUGUAAAUCAACAGCGAAUUAUGAUCUCAGCUCUGUCCGUAUUAUUGCAUCUGGAGCAGCACCGCUGCAGAAUGAUACUAUUAGUAUCGUGAAAAAAAAGUUUCCGAACUUAGAGGCUGUGGUCCAGGCGUAUGGUAUGACGGAGUGUACACUGGCAGUAGUCUCUGCAGAUUACGAAAACUACCAUCUCGCCAAACCGGGCAGCGUGGGAAGUAUAGUUCCUAAUACUAUAGCAAAGGUAGUAGACACGGAAACCAGAAAACCGAUAGGAGCCAAUAACCCUGGAGAGUUGUGCUUCAAAGGUCCUCUAAUCAUGAAAGGAUACGUCGGGAAGGACCGGAAGGAAGACUUCGAUGAAGAAGGUUUCUUCAAGACUGGUGAUAUUGGCUAUUAUGAUGAUGAUGGACAGUUCUUUAUUGUCGACCGGUUGAAGGAACUCAUUAAAUACAAAGCUAAUCAGGUAGCACCAGCCGAAAUAGAAGCAUUGUUGUUACAACACGAGGCGGUUAGAGACGUCGGCGUGGUUGGACGAAGAGACAGAGAGAGUGGGGAGGUUCCAGUAGCUUUCGUGGUCAAACAACCAGGGAAAGAGGUUACAGAUACAGAACUGAAAGAUUUCGUCGCUGAAAGGUUGUCGAACCCGAAACGUCUGCGAGGUGGGGUGAAAUUUGUGUUAGAAAUACCAAAGAAUCCGAGUGGUAAAAUUCUAAGGAGAGAACUUCGGAAAAUUGCCAACAGCCACAGUAAACUGUUUAAAAUGCCUAGGAAACAAAAUUACUGGUAUGGUCCUACUGACGUUUUGGUGCCAGCCAAUAUGAACCUAGGCUCUUUCCUGCUAGACAAAUUCAAUGGAAUAAAGGAAAAAACAGCUAUCACAAAUGGUGCAACCGGGAACGUUGUGACAUACGGCCAAAUUAUUCAAGAAGCGAUGAAUCUAGCCGUCUCUCUUACUCACCUAGGUGUGCGUAAAGGAGAUGUAGUAGCUGUGUGUACUGAAAACAGAGAUGAAUUUUGGGGUACAAUGCUAGGUGUUAUAUGUACUGGAGCUAUCUUCACGCCUUACAAUCCUACAUACGGGACCGCUGAAAUCAGACAUGUACUCAGUAUAUCCAAACCUAACUAUCUAAUAUGCUCACCAAUUGCAUAUAAAAUCCAUGGGAAAACAUUCCAUACAACUGGAAGUCUGGUGCGAAUAAUAUUGUAUGGAGACGAGAACAUACAAAAUACUUCAAUGUAUAAAGAAUUAAUAACACCCUCUAAUGGUGGAGUCGAAUUGGUUGUUGGGAAUAAGUUGACAAGGAACGUGAGAUAUGAAGAGUUUGAAGUGGUGGAUGUUGAGAAUGGAACUGAUGAGUUAUUGUUUAUAAUGUACUCAUCGGGAACCACUGGAUUACCGAAAGGAGUGAUGAUCACACAUGCUAAUGCUGUUUUCGCUUGUUCUGCAUCGGUGUUAAAAUUCACUGGAGCUAGCACUCUUGUCAUUACCCCAUGGUUCCACGCUAUGGGGUUAGUGGGAUGUCUGGUCAACUUGGUUGCGGCACAGAGUAACAUAAUUUAUCUGCCAAGAUUUGACAUUGAUCUGUAUUUAAAGACUAUAGAAAAAUAUAAGAUAAAACAACUGUUAUUGGUACCAGCAGUAUUGGUGGCGUUGAAUAAAGCAGUAAGUAAAUAUGACGUCAGUUCAGUGGAUACAAUAUUAUGCGCCGCCUCGCCGUUGCACAAGGAUGUCGCUCAAAUGUCCCAAGAAAGGUUUCCUAAAAUUCCCGGCGUGGUGCAAGGUUAUGGGAUGACCGAAUGUACAAUAGCCAUCGCCGUAAAUCAAAACAUCGAUGGUGUACUGAAGAAACCUGAUAGUAAUGGAAAGGUUAUCCCUUGUACGGUUGUAAAGAUUGUAGAUAUAGAAACUGGAAAGGUGUUGGGUCCACAUCAAUCUGGGGAAAUAUGUGCAAAAGGCGCUAUGCUAAUGAAGGGAUAUUUAGGUGUUGAUAAUAAAGAUACAUUCGAUGAGGAGGACUUCUUCAAAACUGGUGAUAUUGGAUAUUUUGAUGAAGAUGGCUACUUAUACAUUGUAGAUAGGCUGAAGGAACUCAUCAAAUAUAAAUCGUUUCAGGUACCUCCUGCUGAAAUCGAGGCAUUACUGCUGCAACACGAAGCAGUACAAGAGGCAGGUGUAGUGGGAAUCCCAGACAGAGAAGCAGGCGAAGUACCUUUGGCUUUUGUGGUUAAACAACCAGAGAAGUCGGUAACAGAGAAGGAACUUCAGGAAUUUGUGGCUAAGAGGUUGUCAAAUCCGAAACGUCUCCGAGGUGGAGUUAGAUUCAUACCUGAAAUACCAAAAAACGCUAGCGGCAAGAUUUUGAGGAAAGAACUUCGCAAUAUCGUCAAAAACUCUACAAGCAAAUUGUAA